GCGAUCGCUAACAGCGUGUUCACUUCACUGUUCUGAGCACUGGCGCUGGCAGCACUCUCCCCAUUCGUUACAAUCCCAGUAGAGCCGUUCAGGACUCGUCCACGAUGGACAUCGAGCAGUCCGCCGCCACAGAGCGAGAGCAGCGCAUGCUGGCCGUAGCAAAGCUGAAGAGAGCCGCUUCUCUUCCAAGGUUAAAGGAUGGCAGGCGACCACCGAUGCACACUGAAGCUGUCAGCGAGGGCGAAAAAGGAAAUCCUGAGGAGGAAUUGAAGCCCGACAUCGACACACCUCCACCUGAAGCUGUCGAGGAGCCGGUUGAAAAUGAACAAGUCGGAGGAGGACCAUCAGCUGCAGAGGUCGAGGCUGAAGAUUUAACUGUUUCGUCUCCACCUACGCGGUCCAAACGCCGUUCUCGCUCACGAUCACGCUCCAGAGGUUCUAGGGAUUUCAAAGGGAAGGCUAGAGCUCAGCAAUCACCGACUCCUACUCUUAUUCAAGGCGACUCUUCUCAAGAUGAAGCUUUAAUUCCAUCACAAAUUACCCUUCCCGUUAUUCCCCACCUCAUCUCCCCGGUUCCUUCCCAACUUCAGCGUUCUAUGCUGCUCAGUCGGACACCCACCCCAACUUCUCAAGAACAUACACUUUUCCAAUAUCCCGGUACUUCCCCUCCCACGCCUUUACCCACAUUAGAAGCCCUUCAAAAAGGUCUUUUUCGCUCAAACAGUGCGGGUCGAAUGAUGGCCAUGCACAAGUUGACCGGAGGAACGGAGAUCUACGAACCCUCUCCUUCGCCAACGCCACCUAUAUCAGCUAAAUUUCGCCGCAACAACACCGUCUCUGGCGGCGAGCGCAGUGCUGCGCGAAAAAAGCUGAUCGACACGCUUGGCUCACGGUCCAAAGCCACUGCGCCCAGUAAUGCAGAUCUCGACCAAGGGAGUGGUACUGAAGAGCUUCAUACGCCCCAGGCACCAUCACCAUUACCAACGCACAAACGAAGGCGGCGUAGGUCUCGCAGAGGCUCUUCCGCCGGUGGUGCUGGCAGUGCUGCGACUCCAGAACCUGACCUUCCCCCCACGACCUCCAAUACUCCUCAGGUUCCUCCAACAGCGCUUCCGCCAAGCUCUCUGGAUAAUUACUCUGAUAUAAGAGCUCUCACUGCUACCCCAAAUCAAACGUCUAGCUCUGGAGCACACAGUCCUAGGAAUCCUAGUCCUCUGGGCCAGACCGACGAAUCUCAUUUAUCGCCGUCAUCCGUCAACGUUAUUAAUCCAACUGAUCGCGACCGGCCAGAGCGAACUCGCCGACGUAGUGUUGUCGUUGAAGAGGAGGAGGAAGACCAGUCACCCGUACCGUUCAACCCACCGCCACUGCCCUCUACCCCGCCCAACCUCUUUGUUACAAAUGGUUUCAUUUCGAGACUUCCUCAUAGCUCAGAUCCAUCGUCCGACAUGUCUGGUGAAUAUACAAGGACCUCUGGCAUUAACAUACCUGUUUAUAUCAGCCACAGAGCCCCUUCACGAGAAGACGGUUUUCCUAGCAGUCCGUUUGGAACCCCUCUCAAGGAGAAGCCAUCGAGAGACGAAGAGGAAGAAGAAAGAGUCUUGUAUCCUGCCGAUACUUAUCGGGAUCGGUCUAUGUACGGCAAUGACAAUGAAUUUGAACGUGAAAUUAGCUGGGUAGCGUCACCAGUGCCUGAAAUUCGCAUGCCUAUUCACGACGACGAUGACGACGGAGUUGAAGAAGAGUACGAAGAGGAACAAAUUUUCGAGGACCGCCCUUCAUCUCCUCAGUCUUCAGGUGGAGAGGGGUAUGAAGAUACCUCUCCUCGCGUUUCCUCUGGCUCCCAAAAUGUCGGAGGAGAGUCAGAGACUUCACCUGACACUACUCCAUCAUACGCGCCUCCUUCUCCCUCUUCCGUCGCUCCAUUAUCGGUCACAGCGUCUGUUCCCCGGGAAAGUGAUGGCUCUGUGUCUCCGACUUCAUACCCCACCAGGUUGUCAGUCGUCUCUCGCAUACAAGGCGAGCGUUCACCCAUGAGUCCUGAUUUUGGAGAUUUUGACCCGUCGAACGCGAACGAUGUCUCAUCUAAACGAAGUGGCGACUCGACGUCUACGAGUGCAUGGGAAAAAGUGAAAAAUACCUUCAGAUCAAAUUCAAGUCUGGGUCGUCGUUCCAGAUCUAACAGUAUCGUCACCCCAAGUCGGAGAGAACAGACCGAGUCGAGUGCUAGUCGGGAGAGCGGCGCGAGCUUGACCAGCCCAAAACUUGAGAGGUCGGAAAGUACCAGCACCUUUGCCGCUCAACAAGGGCAGCCACCAAUGAUGUCUCCUUCUGCAUCAAACUCUAUAUUAUCCUUAUCACCCACUCCUGGCAGCCGCAGUGGAACCUCCCCUGUUCCUCCCCCUAAUUCCGCAGAUCUGUCCAAGUAUCAGAAUGCUAAGCUCUUCCCCUUCCCUGGGAUGAAGAAGUUGGAGGAAGAACGCAAUCGUGCAAAGGGACUUCAUAUAGUGGCAUCUGCCUCUACACCUGAUGUCAGCGCGAUCUUCAGCAGUUCAGAGGAUGGAAUACCUUUCACGCAACUCUCGAACCCAGCCUAUACCUCCGCUCGGCUUCCACUCGUCCAGAAAGUGUCCGACACGAACCUCGUUGGGAAGUACAUGGCUCCUCCUCUUUCUUCUUCACAAUCGUCUCAACCUGAUUAUUUCAAUAUCACGCCCUCACCGUCCAGCCCAAAUACCAAUUCUAUCAAACUUCCGAUGACAUUACCGGGAGUGAAACAGUGGCUGAGCAAGAAUUUGAAGCACAAAGUUUCGUCGCAGGAUUCCUCUCCGGCUUCUCUAGCCAUAUCCCCUCCGCCAAUUGGGAACGGCAGUUCGUUCAAAAAGCCAUCUCUUUCCGAUCUCCUUCGCAUUCGUAAAGACAGUGAGUUGGGUACAGAAUGGGAAGAACUCGGGAACACAUCAACUGACACGAGCGGUAACACUUUGACUGCAGUCAAGUCACAACCGCAUUCUCCCCUUCUUGAAGAGAAAGAACACGUUGUAACACCGAUGACGCCGCCUGCUACCUCACCGACGCCUCUCGGGGAACUCUCGGAGGUUGAGAAGACACCGAAGGCACAGAGGAACAUGACGUCACCAAUGUCUGACGACGACAACUCACGACUCCCAAUACUUGACCAGUCAACCGCUUUACCCUCCCCACCUGAUGCGUUGUCGACCACGCCUGACCCAUCGUCGUCGUUGAGUGAUUAUCCUCUCCCAUCUACGUCCGAUUGCUCGUCAACAUCCUCCCGAUACUCUGUCGGUGGAUUCCCUGGUCCCCAAGGAGCUAUCGUACUGCAGCAACUGGAAGAACAGCUAAGUCGAAGCUCACGCAGCCCAAUGUGGGCUGCUGCGAUAGAUGAUCCACCACGCAAGCUGAUUCUUUCCUCACCCGUACUUCAAGUCGUGAACUCCAACACGGUCAAAGACCGCUUCUUGUUCCUCUUCAACGAUCUCUUCGUGAUCGCAAAGCCAGUUUUGCAAGAGGACGAUGUCGUCACGGAUCGGCCCGUUCCCUUCCCGGAACGAAGGUUCAUUGUGAAGAGUGUUGUUCAGCUUCAGCACGUUCGUGUGCCAUCUGACAGGAGUGAGCCUUCGAAUAAGGCCUCAGGCGUAAGAGUACCCCCACGCAAUCCGAUAAUCAGAACCUUUGUUCUUAAUUUCAGCAAGGAUCCUGAUUAUGCCAUCUCCGCUCUGUUCUCAAAGUCUGGUAUAUCGGACGAUCCUAUCCUUCUCGGACAACUUCUCUUCAGAACGACAGAGAUCGAUAGGGUGCAGCUCGGCUCUUACUUGUCACAAAGGACUUCCAAGCUGGUGCUAAAAAGCUACCUGGAUAGUUUUGGGUUCGUUCACUUGCGGGUGGACAGAGCACUACGCGUGUUUCUGCUAUCUUUGCAUGUCCCCUCGCGUUCGGUCAGCAACCACAGUGCACUUGAGUAUUUGUUAGACGCAUUUGCGAGCAGAUGGUAUGAGGCAAAUGCCAGAUUUAUUGCGUACGACAAAGACCUUGCAAUACGCUUGGUUCGAGGACUAAACCAACUGAACGACCUUCUUCACGGUGGCUUGGCUUCUGAACCAGGCCUCUCAGGCACUCCAAGACGUAAUAUUACCUCCCGUGACUUUAUAGACGCCUUUAGGAGAUGUGACGGGAAAUGUCUAGUCCCGGAUGAAUUGCUCGAGGAUAUCUAUCGAUCUAUCCGAGUGGAGAGGUUAUGCCAUGCGAGGAAUACUCAAGCAACGGGAAAGGCAGAUAUCAUAAUCUCGAACAAACGUCCCCUACCUCCUCGACUGACGUACAAAGUGACCUCCGAGCCAGUCUCUUUCCGCAUCCCACAACCUGACCCUCACUUCUGCAUCCACCUCUACGGUCAAGAUCUGAUAAUAGACCCACCGGUGCUGACAUUUGAGAAAUCGUCGGAGGCAAGGUUCCGCGUCACAGGUAACUCACUGGGACCGAAGACAAUUAUCAUGCGUAGAUCUGGGUCCAAUGCGUUGAAAUACGCAGGCCUACCCUUGGCCCUACGUAUCACCAUAGAACGUGCAUUCAUGCGUCAUACAUUCCAAGUAGCGUUCAUUAAUCACUGCGGAAACAAACGGAGGUACAUGUUUAGUGUGGACGAUGCUCUUAUACGACAUCAAUGGACAGUAUCGUUGCGCCAACAUGUCGAUAACUCUAUUUCUGCUGCUGCUACAUCGUCAGCCUCGCCAGGACCAUCCAAAUUCUAUCGGGCUGCAGAAAAUGUGGCGUUCAGAGUUCUGCAGGAGAUUUUAAUCGGGCCUGCCGCAUGCUCGGGACCUGCUGGAGUUAUGGAAGCAGCCAUCCGGAGGCUGAACGACUCUCGCGUGAAUGGCUAUGCUCUGUCGGGUCCUGAAUAUUCACUAUCGAGCCCGGUACAGAGAAAUGUUCGUAUUCCACCGCUUCACGUUAGGUCGAAAUCACGAAGCAAGGUCUAUCAUCGCACCAGGGCUGGAAAAAAUGAGUCCGAUCUCGUCAUGAAUGGUCGUCUGCAAGACCAGGAUUCAUUCGACAAUGGGACGAAGGCUAGUAGUCCGGGGUCAUCCGAUCAACAAGCUUUCUCUGACCAAUCCGAUUCACCUACUUGGAGUGGUCGAGACUUGGAGAUGCAAUGCUUACAAAAUAGUUCGAUAGCCCUGGUACUGUCGUACUUGCAGGUUGGGUCGCCCGAACAUGUUUUGCGUUCUUCAUAACUUUGCGAGACACCUUUUUUUGAUGGCGAGUGUUCGAACAUUUAUUGUCAUUUUGCUCUGAUCGUUUUCUCGUUUGGUCAUGCUUCCUGCCGUUAGUUUAUUUCACAACCUCACCUUAUAUAAUUUGGAUACAUCUACAUCUCUUGUCCUCGUUGUUUUCACGUCGCAUCUAC